ACUCACUUCACACUUCACACUUCGCACUUUGCAUUUCGCGCCCGACAAUACAUCCCAGCGCCUCAUCUACAGUCUUUCGGUAAAAAACUGCCGGAGUGGCCAUUGCCAAUAUCUCCACUCUCACUCUUUGCUGUCCCUUUCUGUAUCUGCAGAAUGGCCGCGCAGCCAGAUAUCUCGUCAAUUCUUGCAGCUCUUGCUGCUCAGCGACCUGCCGGUCAGAGUCAGACUCCUCAACAGUCGGCUCCACCGCCACAACCAGUGCCUGGCAUGCCACCUGGAUACCCAGCUCUGACCAAUCCUACUCCACCGGCUGGCCUUCCUGGCUUCAACCUCCCACAGCCCUCUGGCUCUGGGAGCUUAGAUCUCAGCUCGAUCAGACCUGUGAAUACAGGCUCGGUUAGUAUCGCCGACGCGAUUGCUAAAGCUCGUGGCUUUGCUGCUGAGAAGGGAUACGAUAGUGGCCGCGCAAGCUCAAUAACAUCCCGAGAUGACCCCAGAACAGCAAGCCGACAACAGUAUCGACGGUCGCGCUCACGCUCGAGGACACCACCUCGUCGAGACAACUACCGUGAUAGCUAUAAUCCUUACCGCGAUGAGCGUAGAGCUGAUAGACGCAGCGGCGGCGGCGGCGGCGGCGGCGGCGGUGGUAGCAGUACAUAUGGCCGAGAUCGAUCGCGUUCUCCAGGACCACGCGGACGUGAUACUUUCUCACCUAAUCGUCAAUACGCACGCGACAGGACACCCGAUAACUCACCAGACAAUGAGAUCAUUGUCAUCGACUCUGCGCUGGUAGGCCUUGUCAUUGGUAGACAAGGCGAAAACUUGAAGCGAAUUGAGACCGAGACCAAAACACGAAUACAGUUUAUCAGUGGUCCUGAGAACAGUGGUCCUCGCCGACACUGUCGUAUCACGGGUAAUACACGCGCUAGAGUUGAAGCCAAGCGAGAAAUCAAUAGAAUUAUUGAGGAGAAUGGUGGGAAUCCACCACAAGACAUGAAUGCUGGCACCAGAGCAAAUCUUGCCAUGGCAAACAGAGGACGCCAACAACAGAAUGAACGCAGUGUCACCCCAGUACUGAAAGAAGGUGAGAACUCUCUACAGAUUAUGGUACCAGAUAAGACUGUUGGCCUUAUCAUUGGUCGCGGUGGUGAGACUAUUCGCGAUCUUCAGGAGCGCAGUGGCUGCCAUGUAAACAUUGUGGGCGAGAACAAGAGUAUCAAUGGACUACGACCCGUAAAUCUUAUUGGCACUCCUCAAGCUGCCGACAAAGCCAAGCACCUUAUCCUCGAGAUUGUCGAGAGCGACACGAGGAAUCCAAACGGCCAGCAGCAGCAGCCGCAGCAGCAGCAAUUCACAACAAACCAAGCCCGAGGUGGUGGCGGUUUGGAUUUCGGUGGUUUCAACCAGGGAGCUUCUGACAAGAUCAAUGAGACCAUCCACGUUCCUUCUGAGGCUGUGGGUAUGAUAAUUGGUAAAGGCGGAGAGACUAUCAAGGAUAUGCAGAACACGACUGGAUGCAAGAUCAAUGUUACCCAACCAAGCGGUGCUGAUAUUGAGCGAGAGAUUGGACUCAUUGGUACUCGACAAGCAAUCGAACAGGCGAAGACAGCUAUCUGGGACAAAGUCGAAACAGUGCAACAACGUGAACGUGAUGGUGGAGGUCGUGGCGGCGGUAACCGCGGCGGCCGGGGAGGACGUAGCAACAACAACGAUGACAGCUACGGUGAUCGUUACUCACAACAGCAGCCAUCGUACGGCCAAUCGCAGGUCAUGAUGCCCAACACAGCUACAGGAUCAGCACCCGCUGGUGCUGACGCCGCUGGAGCUGACCCUUAUGCUGCUUACGGAGGCUAUCAGAAUUAUGUUGCGAUGUGGUAUGCAGCCAUUGCCCAACAACAGGGUAGUCAAGGCCAACCAGGCCAGGGAUCAGCUCCUGCUUAGAGUCGACUUUCUGGUGAUAUUGCUCGUGCUCUGCUCAUAAACGGGUGAAGCCUCGACAUGAUCUGAUACGCCACGUUGAGAUUCUCGCCGUUUCUGACAUCAACUGCAUCUGGCGAUACUGAC